UGUGCAGGAAACCUAUGCAGUGAUAUUUAUAUCCCCCGAGCACCCCUCAAGCACCUCACCUCGCCUCUGUAACCACACCACCAUCACCCUUUUUCCACCAGUAGAAGCCUACAGGCGACUGCCGUCUCAACAGAGAGUAGCGACUGCACCAUCCAAGAGUCUCGCA